CGGACUGUAGGGACCAUGACGAAGCUAGCGCAGUGGCUGUGGGGGCUGGCCCUCCUUGGAUCCACCUGGGCGGCUCUGACCAUGGGCCCCACCCUAGGCCUGGAGCUGCCCUUGACCUGCCGGGAGGUCCUGUGGCCAUUGCCUGCCUACUUGCUAGUGACCAUUGGAUGCUUUGCCCUGGGCACCGUGGGCUAUCGCGUGGCCACGUUUCAUGACUGCGAGGACGCCGCCCUGGAGCUGCAGACCCAGAUCCAGGAGGCCCGGGCCGAUUUGGCCCGAAAGGGCCUGCGCUUCUAA